UUGUGCAAUUCUAUCUAAUAAAUUUGCUUUGACAUUAAAUGAAUGCAAAACAAUAAUUACAUAAUUCAUCAUUUGUGGUUUAAUAUACAUGUCCUUGUUUGCAUGCAAACAAUAAACAAAUAAUUGAGAUGGUAUAAAAGAACAGUUCUGAAAUGGGAAACAUUAUUCAUUCAUUCGAAAAACUGAUAACUGCUUUACAUUAAGAUUCUUGAAAAUGAUGAGAUUUGAAACUAUGUCAUUGUCAAUGUUAUUGACCAUAAUGUCAGUGGCUGCCUAUACACCUUCAGAAAAGAAAUUAGGUCUACAUGGAGUGAACAAAGUAUUACAGCUUGAUAAUGGAGUUGGUAGAGACAUUGGAGGUCGUCGUGCAGACUCACUCUCUGUAUUGGAUGUAAUUGAUGCAAAUAGACGAGCAGGAUCUGACAGAAGAAGUUCAGCUGUCUCUGAAAUUAUAAGAAGCUCUUCAUUUCAGAAUUCUGCUGGUCUAGCAAGCAAUGAUGGUAUAAACAGAAACUGUCAUUAUGAGUGCGGAGUAGAUAAACUCUGUAACCUAGGACAGAAAUGUGUACGAGAUGGUUGUGACAGUUAUUGUGUCCAAGUCUCAUCUGGGAGUAUUAUUGGUGAAUCUGGAUUGUCGGGGUCCAUAAGAAGGGGAAAUGCAGUUUCCGAAAUUAUUAGAGGUUCAUCAUCUGACAUUUCAAGACUGUCAAGCAUUGAUGGUUCAAAAUGCAGUUAUGGAUGUGGAGAAAAUAAACUUUGUGCAUCAGGACAUAAAUGUAUCCACGAAGGAUGCAACAGCUAUUGCGUUCAAUUGUCAUCUGGUAGCCUAAUUGGUUCAGGUCAGUCUUUAACCGGACGUGUGGGUCUAUCUAACAAUGGUCAUUUGGAAACUAUUGGUAGCAGUGGUUCAAUGUCAGGUCACACAGGUUCGGAUAUUCUCGACGCUAUCUCAGCUAGACGCAGUGGCAUUAAUGCAUUGGACACAAUUACAUCUAGACGUAGUGGCAUUGAUGCAUUGGACACAAUUUCUUCUAGACGAGGAGGAUCAGUUGGAUCAUCCGGUUCAAGGAUCGUAUCUCAGUCAGUAGUAGGAGACCUCAGUAAUUGCAGAAAAAUAUGUCAUACUGAUUCAGAUUGUGCACCAAGCAAAUACUGUGCCACUGUUGAUUGUCACAGGUUUUGCAGAAGAAGGCCAUCUAAAGGAUACUCUGGAUGAACAUUAUACGAACUUUGAAGAAAUCCAUAUUUUUUUACGCAAACUGAUUUUUUUUAUAGAUAAAUAAAAAUAAAAUGUUAAAUACA